AUGGCGUCCGAAAUAACCAAGAAAUCUUCUCCUCUUCACUUUGUUCUAUUCCCUUUCAUGGCUCAAGGCCACAUGAUUCCCAUGGUUGAUAUUGCAAGGCUCUUGGCUCAGCGCGGUGUGACCAUAACAAUUGUCACGACACCUCACAAUGCAGCAAGGUUCAAGAGCGUUCUUACCCGUGCCAUCGAAUCUGGCUUGCCCAUCAACUUAGUGCAAGUGAAGUUUCCAUAUGAAGAGGCUGGUCUGCUUAAAGGUCAAGAGAAUAUCGAUUCGCUCAAUUCGAUGGGAGAGCUAAUGUUGCCUUUCUUUAAAGCGGUUAACAAGCUCGAAGAACCGGUCCAGAAGCUGAUGGAAGAGAUGAGUCCUCCACCAAGCUGUCUGAUUUCUGACAUGUGUUUGCCUUACACAAGCAAACUCGCCAAGAAGUUCAAUAUACCGAAGAUCGUCUUCCAUGGCAUGUGUUGCUUUUGUCUUCUGUGUAUGCAUGUUUUACGCAAGAACCGUGUGAUCUUGGAGAAUUUAAACUCAGACAAGGAGUACUUCACUGUUCCUUAUUUUCCUGAUAGAGUUGAAUUCACAAGACCUCAAGUUCCCGUGCCAACCUGUACUCCUGGAGAGUGGAAAGAGUUCAUGGAUGAUUUGAUAGAAGCGGAUAAGACUUCUUACGGUGUGAUAGUCAACACAUUUCAAGAGCUCGAGCCAGCUUAUGUCAAAGACUACAAAGAGGCAAGGUCCGGUAAAGCAUGGUCCGUUGGACCGGUUUCCUUGUGCAACAAGGUAGGAGCAGACAAAGCUGAGAGGGGAAGAAAAUCAGAUAUUGAUCAAGACGAAUGCCUUAAAUGGCUUGACUCUAAAGAAGGAGGGUCGGUGCUAUAUGUUUGCCUUGGAAGCAUCUGUAAUCUUCCUCUGGCUCAGCUCAAGGAGCUCGGGCUAGGCCUAGAGGAAUCCCAAAGACCUUUCAUUUGGGUCAUAAGAGGUUGGGAGAAGUACAAAGAGUUAUUUGAGUGGAUCACGGAGAGCGGAUUUGAAGAAAGAAUCAAAGAGAAAGGACUUCUCAUCAAAGGAUGGGCUCCUCAAAUGAUUAUUCUUUCACAUGCUUCCGUUGGAGGGUUCUUAACGCAUUGCGGGUGGAACUCAACUCUUGAGGGUAUAACCUCUGGUCUACCGCUGCUUACAUGGCCGCUAUUUGCAGACCAGUUCUGCAACGAGAAACUGGUCGUGCAGGUUUUAAAGGUCGGUGUAAGAGCUGGUGUUGAAGAGGUCAUGAAAUGGGGAGAAGAGGAGAAAAUUGGAGUAUUGGUUGAUAAAGAAGGAGUGAAGAAGGCGGUUGAAGAGUUAAUGGGUGAGAGUGAUGAUGCUAAGGAGAGAAGAAGAAGAGCCAAAGAGCUUGGAGAAUUAGCUCACGAGGCUGUCGAAGAAAGUGGCUCUUCUCAUUCAAACAUCACAUUACUCAUACAAGAGACAAUGCAACUAGCACAAUCCAAUAAUUGA